AUGAGCCAGAAGGCAAAUAAGAAGGGAGAUAGGUAUGCCCAAUAUGUUUUAAAGCCCCCAAAACCCAUUCAGCCUUAUAUCUGCUCGACUCUGAGUGAUUUUGAAGAAGAGAGAGACUUUUUGGUAAAGCAUAUCUUUCCUCAACUUAAUAAACUCUGCAACUCACGGGGCACAUAUUUCAAAGCUGUGGACCUGAGAUGGUCAGCAUUGAGAACCCAAGAACCCUUUUCCUCCAACCUCCUUAGGCAGCAUUCCUGUCUCCAGUCUCAACAUCUGAAGCUCUGUCUGGACUAUGUGAAUAGCUGCCUUCCCUUUUUCAUCUGCAUGCUGGGUCAGACAUACGGAGACUUUCUCUCUGAAUACUCACCUUUCAUGUUCUCCAAAGCCACUGACUUGUCACAUUUAUCCAAAGUAGAACAGAAUCUCUAUGUCGCUGCAAAAAAUGGUUAUCCUUGGGUCCUGGAGAAUCCCAACUGCAGUCUGAUAGAGUUUGAGAUCAUCCAAGCAACAUUUCUGAACGAGUCGCAAUUUCAGUAUUUUUACUUUAGGACUGGAACUACUCUGCUGAAGACUUUAGAUGAGGAAAAGGAGGUCCUAUCCUCCUGUUCUCUAAAUAACAAUGAGGAACAGUUAAGAAUUGGAAAGCUUAAGGCCAAGAUUAUCAGCAGAGGGCUCCCUGUCAGAUUUUAUAAAGAUCUCCAGGAAUUGGGUGAGCUGGUUUUCAAGGACUGGUCGGUUGUGAUAGAAAAGCUUUACCCCUGCACCAUAAUGAUUGAAAAUAUAGACUACAAGCACAGUUUUGAACGUUCCUAUCAUGAAGACUUUACUGAGAAGUGCAAGCAAGUGUUUGUUAUUUCCAAAGAGUCAAACAGGACCUUUGAAGUCUUGGAAAAAUUUGCCUUAAAGGAUGUGGAAUUUGAUCCAAAUAGUGCAGCAUCUGGUUCCAAUUUAGACUCUGUUCUGAGGUAAUUUACCCCUUUAUUUUUCAGAAUAAAUCCUCUUCCCACUUACAAGUCUAUUUUGCUCUUGUCUGGAGAACGUGGUUGUGGGAAGUCCACCCUGAUUGCCAACUGGGUGAAUUACUUCAGAAAGAAACACCCAAGCAUGUUGAUGAUCCCUCAUUUUGUGGGGAGCACCUGUGAGAGCAGUGACAUCAUGUCCGUGAUCCAUUACUUCGUCACAGAAUUACAGGCCAAAAACUAUGGUACUCAGCUUGAAACUGAUGUUCUUAAUGAAGAGCCGAAUGUCUUGGUCUUUUCACUUCUUGUGGAAGUGUUCAUUGCUUCCAUUAGCUUAAAGCCAUGUGUACUUGUACUAGAUGGAAUUGAAGAAUUGACUGGCAUUUAUGGGAUUUCAGGACAGAAGGCAAAAGAUUUUUCCUGGCUGCCAUGCUCACUCUCUCCUCAUUGCAAAUUUAUCAUGAGUACUGUCUCCUCCAGCCUGUCCUGCAAGUCUCUGUGUGCCCGCCCAGAUGUGAGGACAGUGGAACUCAUUAGCCUAGGAGAUGAAGAAGCAAAACUAAACAUCUUUAGACAGCAUCUCUCCAUUCCCAGCAAUGAUCCCUUCCGAAAGAGUAGACAAGCUCUGAAGAAGAAAACAAACCUAAAUCCUUUAAAACUCACAAUCCUAGCUAAUGAAUUUAAAGAAUGUAGGAUCUACAGAAAUGACUACCAAUGUAUGAAGGAAUACUUGGAGGUGAUCUCUAUCCAGGAUCUCUGGGAAUUGAUUCUGAAACGCUGGAUUGAAGACUAUAGUUGGACUUUUACAAAGAAAAAGACAAAUUCAGACACCAUGGCUUCUGAAGAAGGGCUGGAUGGCUGGGUGGCCGACGCUCUGUGCUUACUGAGCAUCUCGCAUUGUGGCUUGGCCGAGGAUGAGAUACUGCAGCUUUUGGACAUGCUGGGCUACAGGGAUCAUUACCAAGUGACCCCGUUACACUGGGCUGCCUUCCGCAACGCCACAAAAGAGUGGGUCCAAGAGAAGCCCAACGGCCUCCUGUAUUUUCGGCACCAGACCCUAAGAAACGCUGUGGAACACAAGCUUCUUGGUGUAAUCACACCUGUCAGAGAAAGCAGUCCAUAUACGUUUCAGAACCCAGUGAAUCACAAGAAAACCCACUUCCACCAAGUCUUGGUCAGAUACUUCCAGCGGCAACCUGCCUUCUGGCGAGUCUAUGAAGAACUGCCCUGGCACAUGCAGAUGAGUGGCUGCUGGGAGGGGCUGUGCAGCUUCCUUGCGAGUCCUAGCAUCACAGACUUUCUGUCAAAAAUCAGAAACCCGAGCUUCUGGACAAGACUGCACCUCCUUCACUACUGGGAGGUUUUAGCGGAAGCUGGCUAUGAUGCUGUGGGGGCCUAUUUACUCUCAGUGGCCAAGAUUAAAGCAGAUCAGUGCCACACAGCCAGGAAGAGGUGUUCGCUCUCAGUGCUGGAAUACAAGGUUUUUGAUAUCACCACCAUUGACAAAUGCCGAUUAAUAUUCUUUAUCGCAAGAUUUUUGAUGCAUUUGGGCAAGACCAAGGAAGCAGAAGAGUUGUUUUUGAGCGCUGAAGACAUGUUAGUCCAGAGUCAGUCCCUGACAGAAAUGCUUUCCACGGUACAGAAUGCUGUUGGAGAGCUGUAUCUUGAAAUAGGAUUGACUCUCGAAGGGUUCCAGUAUUUCCAGAAAGCAUGGUCAAACUUGAUGUGCUUUUCGUCCAACGACUUAAAAAACAACCAAAACUUGGUGAAACAACAAGGCAGAGUGCUGAACAACCUGACCAAGUCAGGGUCUGAGGAGUACUUAAAAGAAAAUCACAUUCUGGAAUAUGCUACUGAACUUUCCAGGUUCCUGGACGGCAACCCAAGAGAUCAAGCUACCAUGAAAUACACCGAAGGUGUUCUGAUGUUAGUUGCUGGAAACACUUGUCUUGCAAAAAUGAAAUUUCAAGAAUGUUUAAAUAUCAGGAGAAAGUUGUUUGGGGAGAAAAAUAUCCUCGUUGGAGAAAUUAUGGAGUUUUUAGCAGAUUUACUAUUUUUUCCCCUAAAUGGUGAAAGAUUCCAAAGGAAGCAAGUAAUUGAAUAUUAUAAACAAGUGAUAAAAAUAAAGGAAAAUGCAGAAGCUCUGGCCAACUCCGUGCUCAUCAAGAGGCAACUGUGCAUCAGCCUAAGUGAUACCUUGUGUAAAUUAGCAGGUCAGUUACUGCUGAGUGACUCUUAUCAUAACCUCAUGACUGAGGCAAUGGGCUAUUUGUACAGGUCACUUGAUUUAAGGGCGACCUACCUGGGAACUUCUCAUUCGGCAGUCCAUGGAAUUCUGAAUCUUCUCAGGGAAAUUGAGCGGAUUCGAGGCAGGAGAUGUUGGCCUCAAGGCACAUGCCAGCAAUAUUCUAAGGGUUCUAGGAAUGGCGGCUCCUUAUGGGAGAAACUACUUAAAUUAACUUACCACAGCGCUCAGACUUGUAAUACAGUGAGCUCUGCAUUGAGCCCGAAUGCAGACAAGCUACAGAGGGCGAAAGGCAUGGACUUGGCACCUCACCCAGUUUCAGAGAAAUCAAAACGUAUUUCUGGAAAAGGAAAAAAGAUCUUGAGACCCAUUACUUAUACUUCCGCUGAGGAAAAGACCAGACCGAAGGCACAAAAUGAUGUUGAACUAUGGAAUGGCCCAGAAAAAGGGCCAUCAAAGAAAAAGAAAGACUAUUCCUCUAAGAUUGUAGCUUUGGGUAAAAUGGACGGUGCAGUAAAGCUUUCAAGGCAAAGAGUUCUAUCAGCCAAAAGUGAGAGCGGAAAAGGCCACAUCACCACAAUCUACCAGCACCCACUGCUGGGGCCUCUCAGUACAAAUCACCCCCUGGAUUCCAUAUCCGAGCUCAUUUCUGAAAAGUGGCUUUUUCACAGCCCACAUUGCAAUAUACCUCCUCAGAAGUAUUUUUCGCCGAAAAGAUCUCAAAUUGAAACAGAACAGUGGAAGUCCCUAAAUGAUACCAAUAAAGAAUAA